AUGAAACUUCUUUCCUUUUUGGUUUUGUCGGUACUUGUACUGGAAGUUUACUGUGCCAAAGAUGAUUGCGAAGGUAAGUGUGGUUUUGUUUUUUUUCACAGUCAAUGUUCUUACAGUUUGUACCAAGGUCCUGACUGAUAUAUUGGACAAAGUUCCAACAGACAAAAAAUCAAAUCCGGAUGUUAUCGACAAAAUUGCUCGAUCUCACUGUAAAGGUCUCAAAGCCAAGGAACAUAAAUUGGUAAGAUGUUUUCUAUCGUUAUGGUCUAUGUUUAGGAGGUAAAGGUGUGUAACAUCGGAAUUCUCAACAUAUCCUUUUCAGUGCUUUUAUAUCGGAGCUCUCCCUGACUCAGCUACCUCUAUUAUGGGUGAAGUAACCAAACCUCUUUCUUGGGGGAUGCCUCCGGCCAAGAUUUGUGCAGAGAAGUUGCAGAAAAUGGAUUCCCAGAUUUGUGAACUAAAAUUUGACAAAAGUAUCGACUGGAAAAGUGUUGACCUGAAGAAAUUGAGAGUAAAAGAACUAAAGAAAAUUCUGGAGAACUGGGGCGAAACUUGUAAAGGAUGCACUGAGAAGACGGAGUUCAUCAAAAGGAUCGAGGAACUUAAACCCAAAUAUGUCAAAGAGGAACUAUAG